AUUGACGACAAUAGGAAUACUCGGUAAAUAUAAUAGCUCUCGCUGCAAAACAUCAACUCAUCUGUUCACAAUUGAUUCGACCUAGCUCUCAAAAUAAAAAAAAUGGUUCAACCAUCAGUGGUUUUCUUCUUCGUCUUGAUAAGCAUCGGUGUUACCAGCUUCACAGAAGCCAAACAAUCUUCUCACUGUGUUCAUGGAACCACAGUUAAAGAUAUACUCAUGCUUGCUGGAAUCAAGGGAGCGGAUUUACUCUCCUACGUCGCCAAGAUGAAGGCAGAAAAUAUUGAUGAAACUGUCCUCUCAAGUUUAACGUACAAACAACUUGGUAACAUUGGAAUAUCAAAGAUUGGAGAUCGUCACAAGUUACACAAAUUUCUUUCAAAGGAUGGAAAUGACUGUAACAACUCCGUGUGUAAAAACAAUGGUAUUUGCCGAGAUGGUUUUCGAUGUUUCUCAUGCAUUUGUGAUCCAGCAAGUGGGUAUUAUGGUCUGACUUGCCAACAAAAAUGUCCAUGUUUAAAUGGAGGUGUUUGCAAGACAGUUCCUACAGGUUUUAAAUGUGUCUGCCCGCCUGGCUACUCUGGCAAUCUAUGUAAGGUGAAAUAUUUAACUGAAGAAAGAUUUCUUCAACUGGAGAAUUCCGUGAAUCAGUUAAGCUUAAAGUUGAAACAAACCGAAACAGAGCUCAAAUCUCAACGCAAUAAUAGAGGAUUAUGGACAUUACGACGAACAAAUGAGAUUUUGAAUCAACUGGAGAAGAUACAACUGCAUCAGACAAAGCCAACCUACACGCAGGCAAUUCCAAUAGUUCUUCCCCAAAACACUCGAGCUAUCAUUAUUUCCGUUUACUGCUAUUUCUUGAACAGAAAUGGACAUGCGUACUUAAACUAUGUAACCCAUCAAAAAGGAAAUGACGACAGUUCCGCGAAAGCUGAAGGCUACAACACACAUUACAAUGUUUACGCAAACACGUUCUUGUAUGAACAAAUGAUUCCUGGAACACCACUCUGCCAAAUGAUUUGAUCUUCAAAGUAACUAGAUCUCAUCGUACAGGUGGAGCUAAUAAUUGGUAUCGCGUUCGUUUGGUUGGUUAUGUGACUGAUUAACUAAGUCUGACAUGUAUUUACUUAGAAAAAACAAACUUGCUGGUAGCACAAGUAGUCACAAAAUACAAUGUUUCAAAAGAAAAUGUUUUUCUUUGUUUGAAAAUGUUGUAGAAGUUGUAGAAGUAAAAGGUUUUGUAGUCAA